CCUAGCGCUCCUGUUCUGACUGUUGUUCAAGUUUCCACCGCGUUCAUUUUAUUCAGCGAGGAUUCCUGCAGCUUUAACGUUGGUUUGAUCUGUUUCCAUCAGCCUGCAUCAUGAAGCCGCGCUUCAGAAAAAUGCUUUGACUUUAGUUUCUGUUCCAGCAUGGCAGAAAGAACGAGCAGAGGCAAACUGAGGCGAAGCUUGUCUCUGAAGAACAAGAAGAGACAAGAAGCUAAAGCUGGAAGUGCUUCAAUCAGCUCUUUCUUCAGCAGCCAGCCUCCACCCAGCCUGGCCUGCCCCCUGUGUGGACAACUGGUCCCCAGAUUCAAGAUCAAUGAUCACAUCGACCUGCAGUGUCAGAACUUUGAUAGAGGAGGAGGAGGCGGCGGAGGUGGGAAUGAUGCUUCACCUCAAUCUGAGCUGGAGCAGAGAGAGGAGGACACACAAACCAAGACCAGCCCUUAUUUCAAGAAGAAGAUCUGUGAUCAGACCCCACGUGACAUAAACAGUAAGACUGUGGUCAGAGCCAUUGGCUUAGGGAGUCUCUCCUCAAAGCUUUCCAGACAUGAUCGCAGCAAACAUGCAGAGGUUAGAGAUAAACCUGACCAGAUGAGUGAUGCUGAGUCAACCAGCAGCUCCCAGAAGGAAAAUGUUCAGGUGGAAGACAGCAGUGGUUCAGUGGUCUGCAGCAGCAUGGAGCCUCCAGCAGCAUCAGCUCCACUGCCUGCAGAGAAACCAGCACAGGUAGAGCUUCCAUCUGAACCACCUGCAAAACUAACGAGGAGGAAAAAGAAAGCCGCCUCCUCUGUCAGAGGAAAGAAAGCAAAAUACGAAGGUCAGAGAGAGUCUGAGGAGGCGUCUUCUGGUUUGGGUCCAGAGGAAAGCAGUGGGGGACAGCAGGAAGCUGAUGCGUCUCCAUCUCCCCCUGACACCCUGACAUCAGAGGAGGUGAAGGAACAGAAGCAGAGGGAGGAUUCUGCAGAGAGACCUGCUGCUCCAUCACUUCCCUACUACCUGAGGAACUUCCAGACCGUGCUGCACGCCGUGUUGGAGAACGAAGACGACAGGACACUCUUCAACCAGGAGGACAUGUCCGCCGUCCAUGGAUUCCAGCGGUUAUCUGUUAUGGCUCAGAAGCUCUAUGUGAGGCUCUUCCAGAGGAAACUAAAGUGGCUCCAGGUCAAUAAACUGGAUUAUGGAGAAAUCAGCAGUGAUCUGGGACCUGUUGCACAGGAACUGGUUCAGUUAGGAUUUCUACAGACAGAGAAUGACCUGGAGGACCUCGGAGAGGCUCUGGAUCUCCUGCCGGCUCCUGAACUUAAAGCUCUCGCUAAAACUUUCCAUCUGGGCUCUUCUGGCACCCAGAAACAGCAGUUAGUCGAUGGGCUUCUCCGUCUGAGCAGGCAGAGGUCUUUUUUCUCUCUGGCCUCCAGUGAAAGCAGAGUUGGGACAGUGAUCCUGAAACGGGCAAAGCAGCUGGCGGGCUCCUGCGUGCGUCUGUCUCGUGGGCCUCGGGCCGUCUUCUCCCGCAUCCUGCUGCUCUUCUCUUUGACGGACACCAUGGACGAGGAGGAAAUGGCCGCCGGCGGUCAGAAUCAGCUUUUUACCAUCCUGCUGGUCAACUCGGGUCGUCUGGCGUUCCCAGACUACACCGUGCAGCGGGUUGCCAAGGUGUUCCGAGAUCGAGAGGAUCUCAUCAGAUAUGAAGCAUCCAUGCGAGCCCUUCUGGAGGUGACCCUGGCCAUGCAGGCUGGUCAGUGGGAGCAGGCGCUGGAGCUUUACAACGCCGCUAAAGGAGCCUGGUGCCAGCUCCGCCUCAACCACGACCUGAGUCACCAGGAAGAGCUGCCGGUCUUCCUCCGCAGCUUCACCACAGGAUGGGCCUACACCCGCAUCUUAUCCAGAGGAGUGGAGAUUUUACAGAGGCUGCGUCGCUAUGAGGAAGCAGUAGAAGAACUGCAGGCCUUACUGAAGCAGUCGGUUUACUGUCCUGACAGCCGGGGCCGAUGGUGGGACAGGCUGGCUCUGAACCUUCACCAGCACCUCAAAAAGCCCGAUCAAGCUAUCUGUGCUAUAAGAGAGGGGUUGUCGGAUCCUCUGGUUCGCACAGGACACAAACUCUCCCUGCAUCAGAGAGCUCUCAGGAUGAAAGAGGCUCCCAGCUGCAAAAAGUACCGACUCCAACUCCGAGAGCUGCCCACCCUCCAAGUCCAAGAUGUUAAACAUGUGACCAUUCGGGGCCAGCUGUUUCCCCAUGAGGGUGGCACGGGAAAAUCUAGAUUUCUUAUUCCAGAGAGUGAAGAAGGGGAAGGGAGCAUAAUUUGCUCUGUGGAGGAGUUCUGCUUGGACCAUUACCGACAGCUCGGCUUUGACCAAGGGAUCCAUGGAGAGGGAUCAACAUUCUCCACCUUGUUUGGUCUUCUGAUGUGGGACAUUAUCUUUAUGGAAGGUAUUCCUGAUGUCUUUAGGAACCCAUACCAGACUUGUCCUCUGGACUUUUACACCGACUGUUUCUAUGAAAACAGAAAGGAAGCAAUAGCCUCUCGUGUUGGGCUGCUUCAGGAGGCCACAGUGGAAACGCUGCGCGACAUGCUGCAAGAUGUCUGGGAAUCCCAGGAGGGCAAAGUGUGUUCGCUGGUCAGCUGGGAGCGAUUCUCAUCCCUCCAGCAGGCUCAGGUACUCUGCAUAGAUUCCAUUCACAUUUUAUUAAUUUUUUUAAGCAUUGCAUUAGAAGAGUUCGAUAGAAACAGAAGAAUUUGGAUCAACGUACUAAAUGUAGCUCAAGUUUUUACGCUCUGGAGAGAGGGGUUGUCGGAUCCUCUGGUUCGCACAGGACACAAACUCUCCCUGCAUCAGAGAGCUCUCAGGAUGAAAGAGGCUCCCAGCUGCAAAAAGUACCGACUCCAACUCCGAGAGCUGCCCACCCUCCAAGUCCAAGAUGUUAAACAUGUGACCAUUCGGGGCCAGCUGUUUCCUCAUGAGGGCGGGACGGGAAAAUCUAGAUUUCUUAUUCCAGAGAGUGAAGAAGGGGAAGGGAGCAUAAUUUGCUCUGUGGAGGAGUUCUGCUUGGACCAUUACCGACAGCUCGGCUUUGACCAAGGGAUCCAUGGAGAGGGAUCAACAUUCUCCACCUUGUUUGGUCUUCUGAUGUGGGACAUUAUCUUUAUGGAAGGUAUUCCUGAUGUCUUUAGGAACCCAUACCAGACUUGUCCUCUGGACUUUUACACCGACUGUUUCUAUGAAAACAGAAAGGAAGCAAUAGCCUCUCGUGUUGGGCUGCUUCAGGAGGCCACAGUGGAAACGCUGCGCGACAUGCUGCAAGAUGUCUGGGAAUCCCAGGAGGGCAAAGUGUGUUCGCUGGUCAGCUGGGAGCGAUUCUCAUCCCUCCAGCAGGCUCAGCUGGUGGAGGUGAAGGGCCCCAACGACCGUUUGUCUCAGAAGCAGCAGAUCUGGUUGGAUGAAUUGCAGAAACUCGGGGCUGACGUCGAGGUGUGUCAUGUGACGGCCACCGGAGCCAGAGGAGCCCGUCAGGAGGAAACAAACAUACAGGCGUCUAAUUAGGGGAAUUAAUCUGCCAAAAAGGGAAGAAUCAGUGGGAAUAAACAGGCUCCUCGGAGGAAGAAGAAACAUCGUGUAAUUCCUCUCCCUCUGAUUAUUGCUGAGGAAUAUUUGGCUGAAUCUUCAGCAGAAAACUUAUAGAUUGUUCUUUAAAAGUUUCCUUAUGUGGUUUAUUUUUGGUGCCUUCCCUCAUUAUUAUUACCUACAAAGUAAUGGGGUUUACAUACUGGGCAUGAAUGCUGUAUGUUUUCAGAUUUUUAUUGUAAAUUUUAUGCUAUUGAUCUAAUUCUGGGUGAAUAAUUGAUCCCAAUGAUCAAAAGUAGAUCAAUACUGAGUUGCUUGGUUUUCUGACAGGUACUUAUAUUUUAAAGCAUGGUCCAUAGU